CCCUUCACCCAGCGUCCCCGGCGGCGGCGUGAGGGCUCGGGCCGGCACCACGCCAUCGCUUCCCGCGGCCUGAGGAUUAGCAGUGAGGAGCGGUCUGCAUUUAAAGCCUGGGGAAACAGGAAAAUGGCAUCAGAAGAUAUCACGAAGCUCGCAGAGUCACUUGCCAAAACCAAAGUGGGUGAUGGACAGCUGAGCUUCAAGGGCCAGAGCCUGAAGCUCAAUACAGCUGAAGAUGCUGAAGAAGUCAUCAAGCAAAUUGAGGAAUUUGAUGGCCUGGAAACAUUGUGCCUGGAAGGCAACACAGUGGGUGUGGAGGCAGCAAAGGUCAUUGCCAAAGCCUUGGAGAAGAAGUCAGAGCUCAAGAGGUGUCACUGGAGUGACAUGUUUACAGGGAGACUAAGGUCUGAGAUCCCUCCUGCUUUGAUCUCUUUGGGGGAAGCACUCAUCACUGCUGGAGCCCAGCUGGUGGAACUGGACUUGAGUGACAAUGCCUUUGGGCCAGACGGCGUGCGAGGCUUUGAGGCGCUGCUGAAGAGCUCUGCGUGCUACACCCUGCAAGAACUCAAACUGAACAACUGUGGCAUGGGCAUUGGUGGUGGCAAGAUAUUGGCAGCUGCUCUGAAAGAGUGUCACAGGAAAUCAAGUGCCCAGGGCAAGCCUCUGGCUUUGAAAGUGUUUGUGGCUGGCAGAAACCGUCUGGAGAAUGAUGGUGCCACAGCUCUGGCUGAAGCCUUUGGGAUCAUUGGAACUCUGGAAGAGGUCCAUAUGCCACAGAAUGGGAUUAACCAUCCUGGGAUCACAGCACUGGCUCAGGCUUUUGCUAUCAACCCACUGCUUAAGGUUAUAAACUUGAAUGACAACACCUUCACGGAGAAAGGAGCUGUGGCCAUGGCAGGGACUCUGAAGUCGCUCCGGCAGGUUGAAGUGAUCAACUUUGGAGACUGCCUGGUGCGUUCCAAGGGCGCUGUUGCUAUUGCUGAUGCUGUUAAAGAAGGGCUUCAUAAACUGAAGGAACUGAAUUUGGCCUUCGGUGAGAUCCAGCGAGAUGCUGCUCUGACUGUUGCUGAAGCUCUUGAAGAUAAGACAGCGUUGGAGAAGCUGGAUCUCAAUGGUAACACUCUGGGUUCUGAGGGCUGUGACCAACUCCGGGAGAUCCUUGAAAGCUUCAACAUGGGAGCUGUGCUGGGACCUUUGAGUGAUGAUGAAGAGGAGGACAAUGAAGGGGAGGAGAAUGAAGAGGAGGGGGAAGAGAAUGAAGAUGAGGAAGAGGAAGAUGAAGAGGAGGAGGAGGAAGAGGAAGAACAGCAGCAACAGCUGAAUGAGAGAGGGCCAGGGGAAGAGGAGUUACUGACUCGUACAAACAUAAUCGAUUCACAGAGUUCAACUCCAGUGCCAUCUCCUCCUGUGGAUGUUGCCACAUUCCUUGCUUUCCCAUCCCCAGAGAAGCUGCUGCGACUAGGACCGAGGUGCUCUGUGCUGAUAGCCCAGGAGACAGAUACAUCUGAUGUAGAGAAAGUAGUUACAACUCUCCUGAGGAUAUCCUCUGUCUUCAAAGAUGAAGCCCCAGUGAAAACAGCAGUGCAUGAAACAACAGAUGCUUUGAUGAGAAAAGCCUUUGGUUCUGCCACAUUCAAUUCAGAUGCAUUUCUCACAAGCCUCUUGAUCCACAUGGGACUACUUAAGAGUGAAGAUAAGAUCAAAACUGUCCCAAGCCUCUAUGGUAUCCUUAUGACAUUGAACCACAUGGUCCAGCAGGAUUAUUUCCCCAAAGCCCUGGUCCCAGUUCUCUCAGCUUUUGUCACAAAACCAAACCGUGCAUUUGAGUCGUGUUCCUUCGCUCGCCACAUGCUCCUGCAAACCCUCCACCAGCUGUAAGAGAUGGGAGCUGCUCCUCUGCCCUUCCUCCUCACAGGACUGCUGGCAGCAGAGAACUCGGAGCUGCCUGCUGGGAGAGGAUUCCAGAGCCCACAAAGACAUGCUGUCCUGUCCUUUGUUUGUCUGUCUCUCUGUUUUCUCCCUGUAGAAGGUCUGUCCUCCUGCUUUUUAUAAACCUGAACAAAUCCUGCUGAAUUAUUAUUUUUUUACUCCAAGUGACUCCCUUGUCUGCAGGGUAGGUUCUUUAUGCUAGGAAAAAGUCAGUGCUGCUCCGAGCUCUGCAUGACUUGAAGAGUUCUCCACUUUGCUUGCAUUGGUAAGGGUGUGCCAAGAGAACCAUGGGGCCCAGAAGUGCUCCCACCAAGAUCAACCCAGCUGUGCGUUUUACUGAUAGCUUU